AUGGCGGACGAUGAUUCCCACUUCUCUCUCCCAAACCCAAGCUCGGCCCUCAGUACAUCCACCUCACACUUCUACCCUUUCGCAACUUCUCCAGAUGUCAUUCGCUCGCACGAGAAAGAUGCCUUCCUUACAGGAAGCCUAAUCCAACAAUCACAAGGCAUUGUGCGAGCCCUCCGCGGCGCCCGAUACGCCCAUACCCAUUCCGACGCCAUCAAACACAUCACCGAACUCCUCUACUUCUCUCUCACAACCGCCAUCGGUAAUCGCACCCUAGGCGAAGAAUACUGCGACCUAGUCCAACUAGAAGACGAUACUCUCCAAUUACCCUCCAUAGGCCGACGUGUGGGCUACAUCCUCAGCAGCAUCCUUGUACCAUGGACACUACAGCGACUCCUGCCGGCACUGCGGCAGCGAAUUCGCAACAAGCUCGAGCGCAAUAUCGCGCGUGAACAAUUCCGUGCGGCUCAGCAGGCUGGCCUGCUCAAUAAGCCCCAGUUCUCAACAAUGCCGACUAAGCGGCCGUUCUUUACAAAGUUGCGAAUUCAGCAGUAUCUCCUUGAACAUUUGGACUCGAUUACAUCUGUCUCCCCUAUUUACGCCCUUAGCAUUGCUACUUUCUACUUUACGGGCUCGUACUAUCAUCUCUCUAAACGGCUCUGGCGCUUGCGCUAUGUCUUCACCAAGAAGAUUGAUGACAAUGAGCAGCGCAUCGGAUACGAGGUGCUGGGCGUGUUGAUGGUGCUGCAGAUUGCGGUGCAGGGAUUCCUGCAUGCUCGAAAGCUAGGCGCUAGUAUGAUCGAGGAAGAUGAUAAGUCUGCGGAUGCAGGCGAAUCUUCUUCAAAGGGAAUUGUGAUUGCUUCGAUCCAGAACCCGUCAGCUAUUCCGCUGCUCCCUGCUUCUAUGCCUCUUUAUGAUCUCGAGGAGGACCCUGGUGCUGUCUCGUGGAUCCCUGAGGGUCAGCAGCGGAAGUGUACGCUUUGUUUGGAGAUGUUUAAAGAUCCCAGUGUUACAACCUGUGGCCAUGUCUUUUGUUGGAUUUGUGUUCGAGACUGGGUUCGUGAGAAGCCUGAGUGUCCUCUCUGUCGUCAGGAGGUUUUACUGUCCAAAGUACUUCCUUUGAGAGGGUAA